GGUAAGAUCGCGCAAGCAAAACGUUUUUGAUCUCGUUGUUCUCUAACUUUGCAAUAGUGUUUCUUCCAACAUUUAUAUCUUAAUGACUUGGAUAUCACUACAUAAACAAUGAUACGCAUUAUGCAGAUGCUUAUAUUUUUCGGAACGAUAUGCUUAAUAUGUAUCACCGGAAUUGCUUCUACUUCGGAUGAAAAGUUGUUUCAGUCAUCACAAUGUAUACAUCCAAUACACUAUGAUAUUUUCUUAGAAAUACAAAACACCUCUCUUAUUGUCUCUUCUACUGUUUUACUUAACGUGACAUGUAUAAAGAAAUCUAUAAGACUACAAAUUGGACGUUAUUGUAAUAUACAGGAAAUAGAUGUCCAAGAAGACGUUCCUUAUACCUUGCCUGAGUUUACACGUUUUGAAAUCAAUACAUUACAGUCAAGUAGUACUAAAAAUCGAUUCAAAAAAGUGUAUAUUACUUUAAUCAAAUACAGUUGCUUUAAAUGCUUUCUUCCAACAACUGAAAGAUUACCUAUAUCUGGAAUAUACACGAUACAUUUAGUACAUAAGUGUAAGUUAGAAGAAGUUGCGACUGUUUGCACAUACAGGAACGAAACCAAAAUGAAAGAAUUUCUGAUUUUACCGCGUAUUCCCAGUGAAUGGAUAUUUCCUUAUUGGGAAAAUCCAGCUACCAAGGCUGAAUUUUCCAUUCAAAUUAAACAUAAAGACACCGAAACAGCCCUAUCAAAUAUGCUUGUUACGAAACACAGACGUUAUGAACCAAACAUAAUCUAUACGAUAUUUGACACCACACCUUUAAUAUCCACGCAUUUGGUAGCAGUAGGUGUCGUACCAAAUGAUGUCAGUAUUAUAUUAUCGGGCGAAGGUAUUGUUAACAUCAGUAGUCGAGCGAUAAAUGACACGUUAUAUGCACAUCAUCUUAUUAAAGAUAUUAGCACCAUUAUCCAAAUGCAAAUCUUCCCAAGGCAACAUCAUACUGUAUACUUAAUACUACCAGUAAACUUUAGUUAUUACGAAAAUAUUGUAACUACUGGACUUGUUUUGUUAAGUGAAGGUAACAUUAUAUACGACAAACAAGAUUCUAUUAUACGAGAAAGAGAAGUAACAUGUAUGAUAGCACGUAAUGUGAUCCAAGAAAUAUUUAGUGAUUGGUUACUUAUGUUUAAACAGUCUGAUUCUUGGUUUAUCGAAGGAUUUUUAACAGUAUACGGAAUUUAUCUUCGCGAUCAGUAUUACAAUACAUCUUUACUAAACUCGAUUGUGGUUCAAACUCGACGAACAGUUUUUGAUUAUAUUGAAAUAGGUAGAUAUGAUCCUUCGAUUCAAGAAAACUCACUCAUAUUACAAAAUUCAACUCUUGCUAAACUAUGGAGAGAAAAAGCAUUCGGUGUCUUCUAUAUGCUCAAUACUGUGUUUGUACAAGAUUCUCUAUAUACUUCUUUGUUUAAUGCAGCCGUAAACUUAUAUCAUAACACAAAAAAAACAUCAAACUACACGUACAAAACAUUGUCAAUUCUUAAUACGUUAAUACGCAGUAAGAAAUUUAAGACGUUGUCCUUAUAUAAGUUUCCAUUCAUGAAGUCGACCAUUUUCAAAAAUAUAAUAUCUUCAUGGACAGCAGAAAUUGGUUAUCCUGUAGUACACAUAGGACGGAAUAAUAAACAUCUAAUGGAAACAAUUAUAGAUUGUUUUGCCGUUGAUCACAAUAAACCGUGCAAUCGAAAAUGGUGGAUACCUGUGACUUAUAAACAAAUACUAAACACAAGUGUUUCUAUCCAUCGCCAUGUUCUAAAACCAGACAGAAGAAGAUUUGAUAUAUUUCUUCGUAAUACAAAUGAGUUUGUUAUUGUCGUAGAUCACCCAGGAUAUCGCGUUAACUAUGACCGUCAAUCUUGGAAACACAUUGCUCUUUUCCUAAAAAACGGAGGGGCUAAAAUCGCAAAGUUGUCUGACGUCACUUUAGCACAACUGCUCGACGAUGCCUUUUAUUUUUUGCUACAAAAUACAGAGUAUAACGAAAAUGUUGUUCCAGAAUAUAGUGACCUAGAUACAUAUCUUGAACUUGCAAGCAGUAUAUUUCAUGUAAAUAAUUCCUACACAGCGUGGUAUCCUGUAUUUAUUGCUCUCGAAAAAAUGUCAAAAAUGUUGCCGUUCCCAGAAAGUACUCUUUCGAGAAAUAUCAAGAAUAAACUCCUGGAAAUGUUGAAUACGGUUCUUGCUGAUAUAUCACAUACAUAUUUUCGGAAAAAUAUUGACACUCAUCAAAUCUAUCAUGAAGUUCUAAAAUGGACAUGCAUUCUUGAUGGUUUAAAAUGCAAAGAUCAUGUUAAUGCAAUAUUAAACUGGCAUGUUAACUAUCCUGCACAAACCAAACUGUUGCCAAGUUGGCAAAAAUGGAUAUACUGCCAAGGAUUAAUAUUAGAAACUGUCAGUUUUAAUACGUCUGCUUUGUGGCAAACAAUAUUCAACACAUACCAGACCCAACAAAAACAAGAAGAAUUCUUUGAAUUUUUAUCUUGCUCUAGACAGUACGACAAAAUGUAUAGCUUUUUAGUGUUUCUUAAUGGUGAUUCCUUACUACCAUUUGAAGGUAGAGUAACUACUAGGAAAAGUAUUACUGUACUUUUCAAUCUUUUGUCUAUGCAUUCAAAAAAUGAUUUAGCGCUGGAAAUAAUACUAUUUGGACUAAAAAAUGGAAUAGGAAGGAAAAUGAACAUACUAGCAAUAAUAAAUUGUGUUAUUAACAACAUAUAUUCGGACGACGCCCUGUCGAUGAUUACUAACAACAAGUUUGUGAAUACAAUGCUGCAUAACCAUCGCAUUUUAAAUGAACCAUUUAUUCUCGCCGCCAUUAAACAAAAAAUUAGAAAUCGUCGUAGUUUCUUAUAUAACGCAAAAAAUAUAAUUCAGUGUAUACCCUAUUAUGUUUUUAAUUACAAACACACCUCAUCAUUUCUAUAUGCUGGCUGCACAUAAGUUCUCUGUUUAUGAUAAUGAACUUUUCGUAAUGAAACAAAAAAUUUGACUAAAACAUUAUUAAGUCGUUGUGAUCAAAUUUGUGUUUCUCUUGUUUAAAAACGUUUUAUUUUAUGAUAUCACAAUUAUUUUCUGUGUAUGAGUAACUUCCAAAAUACACUUUUCGAAGAUUAACAUUGACUAAUUUGCAAGUUGUUGAUCAUAAAAUAAAUUCGUUUCUUCAUUAAAAUGUAAUAUUUUUAGGACGAGCUAGUGCGUAUAUGUAUAUUUAUGUAUGGCACACAAAUAUACAUAUAUACAUAUAUGUCACUAUACAAGUCACACGUUUAAGAAACCCAUAAUAUUUAUGUAUAUGUCUCUGAAAUGUAAGAACA